GAAAAGUUAAAAUUGGAUGUCAACAUCCUGUUUUCUUUCGACACGUACAGUUAGCCUAGCGUCUUCAACAUGCCGGAAAACAACCUUUUAGAACGAUUGCGGCAAUUUGACGCUUAUCCAAAGACGCUAGAAGACUUCAGAGUGAAAACUUUCGGCGGAGCGCUUGUGACAGUGGUCAGUUCUCUCCUGAUGCUCAUUCUGUUUAUUUCUGAACUGAACUAUUACCUCACAAAAGAUGUUCAACCGGAAUUAUUCGUGGAUACAACGAGAGGACAAAAAAUACGCAUCAAUAUUGAUAUAGACUUCCCAAAAGUGCCUUGUGCAUAUUUAAGUAUAGAUGCCAUGGAUGUCUCAGGUGAACAGCAGCUGGAUGUAGACCACCACUUGUUCAAACAAAGACUGGAUACUGGUGGACGGAAGAUCACGGACACUGAGCCAGAAAAAGAAGAGCUUGGUGAUCAAUCAAAAGAUGUUGUUGAGUCUGCUACAAAAAAGUUGGACCCUGACAGAUGUGAAAGUUGUUAUGGGGCAGAAUCAAAGGAACUUAAAUGCUGUAAUACCUGUGAAGACGUGCGGGAGGCCUACAGAAAGAAAGGCUGGGCCUUUAAUUCACCCGAGGGGAUAGAGCAGUGUAACAGAGAAGGGUGGACAGCCAAGAUGAAGGCCCAGGAGAAGGAGGGCUGUCAGGUGUAUGGUUACCUAGAGGUCAACAAGGUUCAGGGCAACUUUCACUUUGCUCCCGGCAAGAGCUUCCAGCAGCACCAUGUCCACGUGCACGAUCUUCAAGCAUUUGGGGGACAAAAGUUUAACUUGAGCCACGUGAUACGACACCUUUCUUUUGGACUAGAUUAUCCUGGCAUAAUAAACCCACUGGACCAGACCAGUCAAGUAUCAGAACAAGAACAAACCAUGUUCCAGUAUUAUGUUAAAGUUGUACCAACAACAUAUGUUGAUGUAAGAGGAAAAGCUCUUUAUACAAAUCAAUAUUCAGUAACCAAACAUUCCAAAAGUGUUGGAAAUGGUUUGGGGGAUUCCGGAUUACCAGGGGUGUUUUUUAUCUAUGAGUUAUCACCAAUGAUGGUGAAAUAUACAGAGAAACAAAGGUCAUUUAUGCAUUUUUUAACUGGAGUGUGUGCCAUAGUUGGAGGGAUAUUUACAGUUGCUGGUCUUAUAGACUCCAUGAUAUAUCAUUCAUCCAAAGCUUUACAAAAGAAGAUUGAUCUUGGAAAAGCAACUUGAUGACAAAUGAUGAAUUAGUUAUAUAUGUUUUGUUGUAAGAUUUGAAUGAUGCUGAAGGAAGGAAGUGUUGCAUGUGUCUGUAGUAGUGUGGACCUCUGUUGUGUGUGUGACUGUAGGCUUUGUCUUUUAAAUCAUUCAGACACAAAAAGAAAACAAUCUAAGAAUGUUACUUCCCAUUCUUUGAUAAUUUCUACAUUGUAUGUACCAUAUAUUUGGCACAACUGCAAGCAGACUUUUUAGCGAAGAUUUAAUUUUGGCACUAUUAACGAGAAUGAUGAGGUUGUUAAAAUUGAAUAUCGCUAACAAUUUAUUCCAUAUCGGAGGUAAUAGUUAUCUUUCCUGAAAUUAUAAAGUCACGAAAAUUAGCUAUCGCUAAAUACAUAUGCCCAUUUUUAUGGGAAAAUCGCUAAUUUUGUGUCUCGCUAAAAUGUUUACUUAUACAGUAAUACCUUAAAAGUAUUAUUGAGGGAUAUCAAUUUCAAGGUUGUUUCUGUUUUUGUAAGAAAAAAAAUUGCAUUCAAGUUGUAAUUCAAGUAUGUUGAUCUUGCAUUAGACAGUAUGCGUGUGUGUCUAUGUAAGAGACACGAAUAAAUAUGCCUGUUUGACACCAUUACAUAUUGGUCUGAAAUCUUCAUAAUUUUUAAUAAUAAACUUAAAAAGAAAUCAUA